AACAAUAGAAACAACAACAACAACACCAAUAGCAACAACAACAAUAACAACAACAACAACAAUAAUAACAGCAACAACAAUAACAACAGCAACAACAACAACAACAACAAUAACAACAAUAACAACAAUAAUAACAACAACAAUAAUAAUAGCAAUAACAACAAAAACAACAGCAACAGCAACAACAACAAUAAUAACAGCAACAACAAUAACAACAGCAAAAACAACAGCAACAACAACAACAACAACAACAAAACUAACAGCAACAACACCAGCAAAAACAACAACAAUAACAACAACAACAACAACAACAAUAACAACAAAAACAACAACAACAACAACAAUAGCAACAACUACAGCAGCAACAACAACAUUAGUAUCAGCAAAAACAGCAACAAUAGCAACAACAACAACAACAAUGACAACAACAACAACAAC